AUGUUCCAAGAGUUCGGUAACAAGGCCAAGUUCUGGGCCACGUUCAACGAGCCGCUGUCAUUCGUCAGCAGCGCCUACGGUAUGGGCCUGGGGCCCCCGCAGUUCACCGGGGAAGCCUACACUACAUGUACUGCGCACCACGUCCUCAUCGCGCACGGCGUGGCAGUGCAGCGCUUCCGCCAGCUGAAAGAGGCUGAGAUGGUGCGCUCUGAUGUCCGCAUCAGCAUUGCCGUCAGCUACGACAACGCGUACCCUUUGAAUGCCUCGGACCCGGUGGACAUCGCCGCGGCUGAGCGCAAGUUCGCGUUUGACUACGGGUGGGCUAUCGCGACAUACUCCAGCUCGCCCACGCUGUACAAGGCCAUCACGGAGGACUUCAUCCCGAUCAUCGGGUACCACGCGUGGUCGUUCGUCGACAACUACGAGUGGGGCAACUACAAGCAGCGCUACGGCCUGUACUACGUGAAUUUCGAAUGA